GAAGAUGACGAGCGAUUAGUAGACGACGGCUCAAUCCGUGAUCCUUACAAAGGAUGGAUGUCAUAUUUAGAUCCUCACUUCAGGCCUCCUCCUGCACACGGUGAAUUUCCGGCUAUCCGUUUCAAUCCAAACAUUCAUCGUUAUCCGGAUAUUCCGAUGGGAAAACUAAUUCCGGUAACUAUCGCAGUUUCACAUAAGAUAAUGCGUAAUUCACCACCACUUUUCCACGUUCAACUGAAAAAUGUUGAUUCGGAGCAAGAGAACGAACUGAGGAAAGUGUUAGAGAAACAUUUCAUGAAAACAGAUCCACUCGAGCAUGUUGAGGUAACAUAA